AUGAGGAGAGCUUUACACAUGGAUUCUAUGGCAUCUAUGGCACUUACCCAACGCGGCUCAUCCUCUGAGGCUCUAGUAUCGAUGGGCCGGGGCGACGCCUUUGUGGAAAGUGCAACUAACGGGAGGGGCCAGCGAAGGGGGCCUCCAGGUGUGCAAUGGAAUGAGACGAGAGACCGCCAAUAUGCCCGUAUGUAUUCAGUUUGCAACAUUCAUACUGACGAUUUGCCUCUUUUCUUGAAGGAUGAUGGAUUUGACUUCAGAAAGCGAAUCGCCCAAGAAAAAGCCGCCUCGAAUCUCGGCCCUCGACCGAACGAGCUACGACCGGAUGCAAAGGAGGAUGCGAAGGGGGUGGACAAAAGGAUGGAACAAGCAUAUAGGGUGAAGAAGUACUUGCAGCAUCGGAGAGAGGGAAAUCGACACAAGCAGUCCGCUCCCUUGGAUAUGUCAGCUACCGAUAUGGAGAAGCUCAAUAUGGCAUACGAGAUGGAAAACGAACUUUCUGCCGGGAAAUUAAGCACCGCAAACAUGGCGUCAUUCCAAUUUCGCCGCGACUUCGAGAACUUCACACAAGACCCGACAAGCUUGGCUAAAGUGCAGAAUCUUCAAAAGAAUCUGAGCGAAGCGCAAUGCCCCCGGCGGUACUCCAUUGGGUUUCUGAACAAGGCGAUUUACACGAAAGAGAGGCUCUCAUUGGCCUCAGUGCCCAGCCAUAGCUCCGAGACUUGCUCUUCAGCUUCAAAGCGCACUUCCUUGGCAUCGGACUUCUCAUCAGCCACUGCGCGUACAAUUCGCCGGCGGACCAGGAGAUCAAGACAGGCAACACAAACAAGGGACAACCCCCCAAAUGUGCCUCUUGUGAAAAGUGACAAUACGAACGAGGGACACAUUCCAUAUGGGCUGGUACAAGGGUUCCCUCAUGUCGAUGGAUGCGUUCUGGACCCUUCCAUUCGUGAAAAGAAACUACCAUUGUGCUGUUUGCACCGGUGUCGUGGAGAUCCCAGAGUGGUCAAAUGCGAUUACUGCUUGGAUGAACUUCCCAAAUCUCAUAGAUUUGUCAGGGACAUUAUUAGGAAGUCGCGUGAGGGUGAAGAUGUUAUAUACAUCUAUGCGGGAAAGCCGGUUUCUUUCGAUUUCCAUGAAGUUGAUGGUUUCGGUGACACCGUCCUUCACCUGGCUGCAUCUCUAGGUGCCGGCUGCAUGAUUUUGAGUUGGCUCCUCAGUCUGAAAGUUGAUGUGCAUGCUCGAAAUGGCGCUGGGCAAACUUUCAUGCAUGUUUUGAACCCAGCAUCUCUGGCAGCGCAUUACAAUCACUCUGCUGAACGUGUCGGGGAUGAUGGGGUUCGGAGGCUUUUUCAUCAUUUGCGGGCCAUGGAUUUCGAUUACAACCUGCAGGACGACUUCGGCCAAACUCCUAUGCACGCCUUGACCCAGCACUGGCUAAACAUACACCUCAUAAAGCUCCUCUUCCACCACUGUCUGCCGUCUGGGCCAACGUUACUUAGAAGGGAUUUCCAGGGUCGAACGGUCGAAGAGCGCAUCAAAGUCCAAGCACUCGUGGACCACAAUGGCUUCCCAGAUCAGCAUCGAGCGAAUGUUAUCAAUGCUUUGCUCCAACAGAUCCAGAUUGUGUGCGAUGGAGAGUUCACUACUCCAAGGCACCAAAUCUAUUACGAGAAAAGUACUCUCCCUCCAACAUCAGUUCUCCAGGACUAUCCCCAGAAUGGGAGACCAACACGAUACCAGAAAAUGAGGGAAACAAUCACCAGAGCUCUUUCUGGAUUCCCAGAGCUCGAGUAUCGUGGCCGCAAUGCCCUUCACUGUCUGGCAGAAUCUUGUAGCAGUCUAAAAAUUGGCACGGAAAAUCCAGGCGCUCCUGGCAAACGCAAACGUCAAGAACAAUUGAGGCUCCGCCAUGACUAUAUCAUUGAUCAAGUCGACAAGUUACUUAAUGCAGGAGUAAGCCCAGAUGACUAUGAUGCGAAUGGAAACACUCCAUUGAUGGCGUUCAUCCGCAACGAUCUAUCACCCGAACCUGAACGACAAAUCACUUCUGAUGUCUUGAGAAAUCUCAUUAAAGCAGGUGCAAAUGUCCAUCGUCGCAAUAACAAGGGGGAGACAGCUCUACACCUCGCAAUGCGAUUUGGACGUCCAUCCGCUGUAGAUAUCUUGCUUAGUAACCUUGCUAACGUCCACGCACGGGCGAGAAGGGGUGAGGGAAUCUGUGAAGUUGCAAGCAAGUGGGCUCUCCGAGAGAAGAAAGAUGGGGCUCGCUAUCAUAGAAUACUCAUUUGCAUGGACAUUGCUGGGAGAUAUUCUGCUGUUCUGGGGCCAAGGCGGGAAGAGGAAUGGGACCAACAAAGAUAUUGUGCCAGCUCAUCUUGUGAAGAGGUUGAUUAGAGAAAGAUAAAAUGACCACCAUGCUAUUCAG